GACAUCUCCGCAGGGCGCUCAAGGACUAAGCAGAGGGAGGUGUUCCACGCGCCCUUCUUCACCACCCGGUUCUGUACAGCCUGGACGGGGCUCUUCUGCCCGCUCUGCCUCGCCUGCCUCUUCUGCUUCAGGAGGGACAAGGACUCACUCAAGGUCUCCCUCAAAACCAUCGCGCAGAACUUCAGGGACCGCGGCAUCACUUUCAGUUCGAGAGCAGCUGCUGGACAUGACGGAGCAGAAAUGCCACGUGUACCUCGGUGGGAUCCAGACCAUGCACUACAGAACAUUCGAAGACAAGAUAGGACUUCCAGGAAUGCUGGGCACUGUAGUAGGGGAUGUGAAACCCUUCUGUGGGAGCCGGAAGAUAGGACUUCCAGGAAUGCUGGGCACUGUAGUAGGGGAUAUGAAACCCUUCUGUGGGAGGCAGGAGGGAUGUGUGACAGUGUUUGGGAGGCAGGAGGGAUGUGUGACAGCAUCUGGAAUGUGCAGGCUGGGUGUUGAAAGCUAUGGGUUAGAGAGUUUGACCUCCACUGAAGUGUAAGGGUGUUGGAACUUGUUAGGGAAAGGAUGAGAAGAGAAUAAGAGAAUAAGAGCAGGCAAGGAUGGAGUGAUGGAGUCUGUGACGGAAGGGAUAAGAGGUGAAUGAGAGAAUUUGAACAAGUAAGGAUGGAAACAAAUAAAGGAUGGAGUGAUGGAGUGUGUGAGGGAGAGGAUAGGAAGGGAAUAAGAAGACUUAAACAUGCAAGGAUGGAAAUAAAUGAAGGAUGGAGUAUGUGAAGGAGACAAGAUGAGAGAAAGAAAAUUAGAACAUUCAAGGUGGAAACAGAUAGAGGAUGGAGUGAUGGAGUGUGUGAUGAAGAGGAAGAGGACAAGGGAAGAAUCAGAGGGUUGGAGCAUGGAUGGAGGAAAUACAAGGACAGGAAUAAACAGAUGGAUAAAUGAAUAGAGAAAGUAAAGGAGGCUUGGAAAAUAUUAAACUGUUGAGGAAAUGUAGGAGAGCUGGAAAGUACUUGAUAGAAUAAUGACAUUACAAAAAGUAAUUAGUGACGUGACAGAUCUGGUGAUAUAAAAGAAGUUGAAAAUGAAUGAAAAUAUUGAUGAUGCUAUUGUUAAUGAUGUGUUGAUUGUAAUGCAGCACAAUCUGCCACCAGGAAAGCCUUUAGGUUGUUGAGAAAUGAGCCAAGAAUCUUCAAGGAGAC